AUGGCGGACGAAUCUCUUAUUGACAAGAUCCACGACUUGAGUGACCUGGAGCUUGCGGUGCUGAUAUGCCUUGUCGCAAAAGAGCAUUGUAUCAUUGAUACAGAGCCCGAUGCGCUCGACGAGUUGGUGGAAGAAUUGGAGCUGGUCGCAGAAAAUGUCUUUGGACUAUCCCAUGCAAUAGUAGACUGCUCGGAGCAUACCUCCCUCGAUGACUUCGCGCAUGCCAUUCUAUCCAUUGACGCCAGCUCGAGUCGAUCAAAUUCCCCAGUGAGACCGAGACAAGAGUCAUCCUACUUCCUGCACACGUCUGCCUUCCAGUCGAUUUCUAAAUCGCCAGUCUCCGAGAAUUUCGCAGACAACAAGACGAUGGCAAAUGUGAUCAUAGCUAAGAAUCUUGAUGAAGCACCUAAGCAGGUUCAGAUCCAGGCUCUUGAGCUUAUGCACUCCAAAAGAAUAUACACAAGGACCUCUGUUCAGCAUGCGCCGAAGCGGUUCUUGUUCAUUGCGCUACUAGCAGGUGGGGAGGGACCCAGACUGACAAAGCACUUAAAUGAUCAAAUAUUCAUCUCGCACUUCCAUGACCCGGAAGAUGGGUUUCCUAAUUUGGAAGAAAAGUACGAUGAUGGGGAUUCAACGUCUUCUGUUCUCAAGAAAAGUCCUGGCUUCGAACCGGAUGCAAAUUUGUGGCCAAGAGUAUCUGCAGCAGAAAUUGAGCAUCUCUCUCAACUCAGUGACCAAGCCAUGGUCAGUGUAGAAAUCAAAGCACAUCAGCAGAACAUCAUUUGUUUUUUGCGGACUCAUAGGGCUGUUGCGGGCGGCGUGUCAGCUGCAGCAACUCAACAUUUUGACAAGCUUUCAAGAUGUCUGGCACCUCUACACAACCUCUCAUACACUACGCCAUCCUUGAUAGCCUUGGCAGCCAGGAAGAUAUACCCGCAUCGCAUUCAUAUCGUCAAGCCUGAACGAGAGCGGAGUAUGCAAUGGGGCAGUGAUGUUGAUGCUGUGUCAGCCUUGCUCGAAGGUGUUGGGCCUGAGGAUGUUAUUGAAGAUGUGCUCGGAACCGCUGGUCCUGAAGUGCCUUUAUAA